GGACAGCGUUUCAAAGACAGAGGCCAUUUCCUCAGAUACACUUUCGCAGUUAUGUUAUUGUGAUAUUUCAGCUAGAAUCACGCUUUAAUAUGGAAGAUUCGAACAGUCAACCUCCACGGUGUCCGUGUGGAUUUUGGGGAAAUAGUAGCACAAAUAACCUUUGCUCGAAAUGCUGGGCUGACCAUCAGAAAAAACAAAGUGAACCUAAACCUGACGACGCCUCUCCAGCUGCGUUCGCUGCAGCGGACGUGGUUUCUAAAGUAAUGGUGGAUGCUUCUCAAGACAGCGAGCCAGCAACGUCAUCAAGAACGUUGACGCCGACUCGAGAUGACGAAGACACGAAGUCCGAUCAGUCGGAUGGUGCGAGUGGCGCGAGCACUCCGGACAGAAGCAACAACGGCAAGAAGCAGCGAGACAACAGUGAUCUCCUCGACCCCGAUAGGCCGGUGCAGAAAAACAAGAAGCGCUGCUUCAAGUGUAAAACCAAACUAGAAUUAGCAUUCAGAGAGAUGGGAAGAUGCAAAUGUGAGUAUGUUUAUUGUCCACUACAUAGAUUGCCUGAACAGCAUGACUGCAUAUAUGAUCAUAAAGAGGAUGGCAGGAGAGAGGCAAGAGACAAGAUGGUGCUGCCAACAAGAUAUUUAGGGCGAUCAGUGCAAGGACUGGAUCCGAAGUAACGAAUUUUUUGAUGUGGGGUUUUGGGGUUUUUUUGUGAGCAUGGACAUGCGUUUUGUGUAGGAUUCUAACUUUGAUUCCCGGAGAAAAUUCUCAGUCAUUUACUGCUGCCGUUUAAGGACACUGACUCGAGGUUUUCUUUGAGUUUCAACAUGACCAUAGUUACUGAUAGCAGUUUGCGUAGAGUCCCUUUAAUAUUUAUAAAGAAAAGAUACUAUUAACAGUUUACAGGUGCGGCGUGCUGGUUAUUUUGAUAGUAUUAACACGUGAGAAUGCAUAUUCACUGCUUCACCUGGCACAUGAUGCCAAUGCUGUACAUUGUAUAAAUAUUGUCUAUUGAUCAUUCAGAUUUCGUUGCUAGUGAAGUCUGUCACUGAUGCUAGCUAGCAUCUCACACCAGGUUCUUCAACACAAAGCCAAAUUUUGUCGACACUCCCCACCUUUAUCCCAAGUCCCCUUCCCUUUCCACUGCCUAAGUUAACUUUAUACACGUGUGUAGCCUUUGUACAUUUAUGCACUCGUAUUUAGGGGGUUGAUUUGUAAACUGAGUAAAUCUAAUAUAAGUAACUAUGUUUAGGUCAUGCACAAGGUACGUAUCGCACUGCAACAUCGAGCUGUAUAAUGACCAAGGAAUAUAUUUGGCUGAGGCGGUUCUAGCAAUGACAGCCUCCAAGAAGUUUAUUUUGAUGCCGAGAUUCGGUAGUAGACGAGAAUUCACGUCCAAGGUGUGCAGAUUUACUACAAGAUCACCCACGUAACAGAAAAUCCAACGUUUUGAACCAUUUCUUCACAUAGACAUUCAUAAAUCAUCAACAUGGCAGUUACACCAUCUCGCUACCCACCCAUCCAUCUUUUCCCAUUCCCACCGGCUGGAAUUGAGAACGUGCUUGACCAUAGCCGUUCUGCACACAAACAUUCAGCAUUUGUAGGCUUACGGUUAUGGUAAACCAUAACAUUGUCCCCGACUGACCUAUUCACCCUAUUCUAUUUCUUUAUGUACGGCCAGAUAAGCUGUGACAGCAUUUCACCCACCCCACUACUCUUAGUACUCAAAUACUGCUUAGCUCUUCUCAGUUUGUUUCACUGUUAUUAUAUGAAAAUGAGUGCUGGUGCUGGUAUCAUAUUUUUCCUACCAAACGAGUGUUCUAAUGCUCCAACCCUGCCGAUAAACUAGGAAUCAGUGCCCAGCAUAUGUAGUGGCUUUAGAUUAAUUAUUUAUACUUUUGUGGCGAAAUGGUGUGUACGUUUCUCCUCCACCUCAUGUACGGUCAACUGGUAGUGUACUAACUUGACUGUACAUUGUGAAGUGCAUUUUUGGUGAGUACUAAUAUUACAUUACUGCAGAGACAACUGUUUUUGGAGACGUCAUCCAAUAUGUAAAAUCUGGUAUGAUGAGGAACCUAAAAACCUUUUGGGUUUUUAAUGUUAGAAACCUACUUGCAUAUUUUUCAAUUGUUAAGCUGGUUUUGCUCCAAGUACAACGAUAUUUAUUACUACAUGUUACUGUUAGUAAUCAUAUAAUAGGAAAUUGCAAACUAAUAUCUUUUUGAAAAACUACCAAAGUGAUGUAAUACACUACUACAGGCGGAUUCUACAGUAGAAGAUAAUGAUGCCAGAUGAUACAAUUACAACUCGUAGAAAACGUUAAUACAAAAUAAAUGUUGGGUGGGUUUUUUUACGUUUUGACCAAGUGUUUGAAAGUCAUACCAACACACAGCAUACGACUUCAAGACAAUGCAUGCCAUACUAGGAAAUAGCAUAUGAUAUGCAUGACAUGGAAAUGCAAAUUGUGCAGGUUAUUGUAAUGUCAGUUUUGUGGUGCUGUAUAUUGCCACAAUAUUUAAUUUCUUGGCGUAAGCACCUCUUUAAUAGGCUCCAUCUGCAAUAGGCAAAACAACCACUAAAUAACAAGGACAGACUAUGAUUUUAAGAUGAUCCAAGCGGUAAUUCCCGGCAUCGGACAGUAAUAACCAACUAGUUUGUUAAUCAACAGAAAGUACACUCUGCAAGUCCUUUCAAUGGGUUGCCUACUAUCUCUGUGUUUUCUACUCACACGUGUCUGCUUGUAUUUUUAGUUGCUUAAUUUAUUCCAUCGGCACUCGAGACUUCAGCAGUGUUCGAUUAUUUUAAUGUUUGCUGAUAUCCCCUUCAAGCCUUCGUCACGAAUAGCAAAAGUGCAUGAAAUAUUGUAUCGUUUUAUGCAAAAAAUGUGUAAUGAUUAUUCUAUAGCAAAUGAUAGUACAUAUAUAUUACUCAUACUGUAAAUAGCUUUGGCUAACCUAGCUGCAGGUGGUACGUGUUUGGUCCGCCGUCCUCGUGUAUAUGGAUGGUGGCCCUCUCACAAGGCUGCACUUGCCAGUAAUGGGCAUGCCUGCUCUUCGGCGCCUGCACACCUUAAGCAGUGCUUCCAAGUGCCCAGUGCUGCCUGUAUUCUCACAUGUUUUUAGAGAAGCUGCAAUUCCGUGUACGUGUGGCACUGACAUGUGCCGUCACGAAUACAGUAUAAAUUUUAGGCAGAAAUUGAUCCGAACGUGCGCGGCUUUUCGUCGUCGCCAUUGUGUUGGUAAUCUCAAGAAUAUAAUUUCAGCAGAGCUAGCGUAGGUCGUUUUGUGUUCACUUUUCUGUAAUCACAUGAUAUCCGUAUAUUUGCGCGGAUUUUAUUUGAUGACAACUUUUUUUUAAUCCAUCUCAAACCUUUGCAGCAAAAGAAUUUUAGAACAGAAUCAUGAUUCAGUUUUGCAGGGUUGGUCAGGGUUGUGUGUGUGUGUGAUUGUGUUUGUGGAUUCACAGGAUCCCUGUACUGGAGUGUAUGUAAAUAGAACAGUCUGUAGUCAAUUUUACCAGACCUGUAAUUCUAUUAAAUGUUAUGUGAUACUAAAAUAA